CAGCCACGCGAUCCACAAGCAUAGAUGCAAUGGGUAAAGCCAAGGUAGAAAGCGACGGCCCUCCGUCCGCCCACCCCGCGUCGUCCGAUCACCGCGUGCUCGCCUCCGUCUCCCGCGCCUCUGCGCCCACCGCGCCCAGCUCCCGCUCCGCCCGCCACAGCAGCAGCGGCGGCGAUGGGGAAACCCCAGGAGGCGGCGCAGCCGUGCAGUCCGCCUGCGGGGCGAGCGGAGGAAGCGGAGGGCGGGGGGGCAGGGGGACGGGCGGCGGGCUGAUGGCGGAUGAUGGGGUUGAGUCGGCGAAUCGGCGAGAAGGCGGGGGUGCGGCUGGAGUGGCGGGAUCGGCGCCGAUAUCCCGGCGGCGCAUGCGGCUGAGGCAAGGCGAGGCGAUGCGGCGGCGAAGCAGCGACACGUGGGGGUCGGUGCUGGGCGGACUGACCGCGUGGUGGCCGGGCAGGGCGCGCCUGGGGGGCACGCGCAGAGGCGCUUUCAGCCGCAACAUCGCUGGUACCGCCGGCACCAGCAGCAGCAGCGGCAGACUGCAGGGCAAUCGGCGACAGGCGAAGGCGGCGAAAGGAUUACCGCUUUCGCUUUGGCUGUUCCUGACGACGGCGAUCGUGCUGGCCGUGGUGGCGGGCAGCGUGAAGCUCAUGCACGGCGACGACGCGCCCCCCGCGCGCCCCCUCGCCGCGCGCUCGCUCUUCCACCUCCUGCCCGACGCGCGCGCCGCCAGAGGCGCGGGUGCCGCCAGAGCCGUCGGCGGGGGGGGCGGGGAUGGCAGGCGCGUGGCGGAUGAUGCUGUGGGCGGUGGGUCGUUGGACGGUGCGUUGGUGGCGGGAGUGGCGACAGGGGUGGAAGGAGGAGGUGGGGAUGGAGGAGGAGAGGGAGGGGGGAGCGAGGGGAUGGCAGCGGUAGAACAUGAGGGUGUAUUGGUGGGGGGAGGCGCAGGGGAUGGCGGGGAUGGCAUGGGUGGUGAUGCGGGAUGGGAGGACGACGAGGAGGAGGGCGGAGAGGGGGGGGAAGGGGGAGGGAGUGGCGCUGGUGUGGCAGCAGACACUGGUGCUGACGGGGAAGCGCGUGACGAGGCAGAUGGGGACCCAAAGGAAGGGGCGAGUGAGAGUGAGGGCGAGGGCGAGGGGGAGAGUGAGGGCGAGGGCGAGGGGGAGAGUGAGGGCGAGGCAGCAGCAGUGAGAGGGCUGGGUCGGUGGGCGGGUCCGUUUGACGCUAUUCAGGAUGAGGCAGUGCUCAAGCAUGGUCUCACUGCCUAUGGCGUGCGCACGCCAUCAUCCUCAGCAGCAGCAGCAGCACCACGGCAGUGUCGGCAGGCGGGUGUGUUCAGGGCAGCGGUGGCGGGGCGGUCAGUGUUGAUAGUGCUGCACGAGGCGUCGCUGACGGGCGCACCGCUAGCCGGUAUGGAGCUGGCGGAGGAGGUGGCGCUGUGCGUGGGGGCGGGCAGAGACUCCGCUGCACGCAGGGCGGGGCAGGGGGGAGCGGCUCAGCAAGUGAGAGGGAGGGGUGUGGGUGGUGGCAGGGCUGGUGGGAGAGUUGCCCGAGGAGGCAAGGGGCGCAAGGGGCAGCGUGCACAGCAGCGGCAGCAGCGGGUGGAGCAGCAGCGGCUGCGGAGGAGGCAGCGACGGCAGCAGCUGCAGCAGCGGCAGGCGGCAGCAGCGCAGAAGGCGGGCGUGGUGCGGGGGCGGGCGGGCGUGCACGUGCUGCUGCUGAACCGCAAGGGCGGGCUGCUGCCCGAGCUGCACCGCCGCGGGCUCAACGUGCUCAAGAGCAAGGGCAGCGACAGCUGGCGCGCCGCCAUGGCAGCACAUGUGGUCAUUGCUAGCUCUGCCACUGCAGCCUCGUGGAUCGGGGCUUACUUGGCGACGUGCAGCGUUGACAGCGCUGCCAACAGCACUGGUGGCGAGGGUGCAGUAGCAGCAGCAGGCACGGACGCCACCAUGACCACCGCUUCCACUCUCCCUGUGCCUGGAGAGGCCCCUGGACUGAACGUGUGUGGGCAGCGCCUCGUGUGGUGGCUCAUGGAGAACCGCCGCGAGUACUUUGACCAGGCCAAACCCCUGCUGCCUCGUGUCAGCACCCUCAUCUUCAUCUCCCACUCCCAGGCCGCCACGUGGCGUGCGUGGGCGGCGGCAGAGAGCAUACAACUGCCCGGCAAGCAGCAUGUGAUUCCGCUGUCCAUCAACGCGGAGCUCGCCGUCAUUGCGGGCCUUGCCCCGCUGCUGCCACCGCCUCCCCUCCCACUUCCUACUGACGCUACAACAGCAGCAGCAGCUGCAGGGGAGGGCCUGGAGGCAGCAGGCAUGGGGGAUGGGGCAGGUACAGCGGGGUCAGCUGGGCUGGCAGCAGCAUCAGCAGCAGCGCGGGCGGAGAUGCGGCGGCGGGUGCGUGCACGCAUAGGGGCGCGGGGGGGCGACAUGGUGGUGCUGUGCCUGAGCUCGGUGAACCCGGGCAAGGGGCAGCUGGGGUUGCUGCAGGCCGCGCUGCAGGUGUGGGCGUCUAAGGGCGAGGUGGGCAUGGCGGGGGCCAGGCACGCAGGCGACACACAGGGGGAGCAGCUGGGCUUAAAGGAGGGUGGGGAGGUGGGUGGGGAGAGGGCGAGUGGAGAGGCAGUGGGGGCGGCUGGUGCGGGCAGAAGAAGGGUGCUGCAGAAUGAAGCAGGGAUAGGCAGUGUGGGUGAAGCAGGUGCUGCUGCUGGAGCAGUCCCCAUGGCAGGGCAGGGGAGGCAGGGGCAGGGCCUAGCGUUCAGCCAUCCUAGGUCACAGCAGCAGCAGCAGCAGCAGCGGUGGCGGCAGCGGCGGCUGAUAGUGGUGGUGGGGGCGAUGAAUGGGAAGAGCAACAAGGGCGAGUACAUAGUGCGCAUGGCGGAGGCCGUGCGCGAGAGGAUGGGCGAUGCACACGUGGCGGCGCAGGUGAGGGCGGGCGGCAUCGUGUGGGUGAACGGCACGCUCAAGGUGGCACCACUCUAUGCUGCUGCUGACACCUAUGUCAUGAACGCACAGGGCAUUGGGGAGACCUUUGGCCGUGUCACGGUGGAGGCCAUGGCCUUCCAACUGCCUGUGCUUGGCACGGCUGUGGGCGGCACAGCAGAAAUAGUGGGUCACAAUGUGUCGGGGCUGCUGCACCCCGUGCGCUUCAAGGGAGUGCCGCUCUUGGCUCGCCACCUUGCCUUGCUCUUGCGCCGUCCCAGCCUGCGCCGGGAGAUGGGCGCCAGGGGGCGUGAGGAGGUCCGACAGCGCUUCCUCGCCCAACUCAUGUUCGCACACAUGGGGACGGUCAUUGGGGAUGCGCUGAGAGCAGCCGAUGCAAGCCAGCAGGUUGGCUAACCACAGCUUUGGGUGCUGUAAAGGCGUGUGAACAAGCAACGAUCAAAACGUUCACUCAGGGCACUCUCGAAAGGGUGUCCCUACAGCCAGGAAUUGGAUAUUGUGAACCAUGGCAAAUGUGACUCUGGACCAAGGUCCGUGCUAGAUUUGAAACCUGUCACAAUAUCAGACUGAAUAUUGUCAACUUAUACAUUUGUUAUGUAUGCCUAGUUAUAGGCUAGACAGGUACAUGCUCCUAGAGAGUACAAACAACCCACAUCUCAUAUAACACCCUGUAUGCCCUUGCUUUGUUAAUUCUGC